AUGUUGGCUGCAUUAUCAGUCAAAACUGCAAAAACUUUAUCUUGGCCAACUUCAUUAAUUACUUCUAAUUUUUCUGAGAUAUAUUCAACAGUGUUAACUGAAAAAUUAAUCCACACUGACGGUGACAAUAUCAAUGGUCGUGUCGAGUUUUAUUUAUAUUUUCUUGCUAAGGGACUAAAUCAUGAGUAUGGUAUACCAUUAUAUGAUGAUUCAAGUUAUAAUAAAAUUGGAAUGUUUAUCAUUAGCGAGAUAAAUUAUGUUGAUUUGUAUGGAAUGAAUGGAUUGAUGGAAUUUAUGUUGAACGACAAAGAAAGGCAUUCAACAAAAAAAUAUUGGCGUAUUAAUGAGAAACAUUUUAAAGGCCAUAUUGCAUUGCGUGUAAACACAUUAAACAAUAUCACGUUGUUAAUACAAUGUCGACACAGUGAUGGAAAGCUUUCUUCAAGGAAAAUUAUUCUUUCUUCUGAUACCGAGGAUCGAAGUAUUUGGGAAAAAUUAAAAACGAGUAAUCCUUAUUUGGAAGAAACAUUGCAGAUGAAUGGUAUUGAAUAUGCCAAAAUCUCUUUUCAACUAUCAUUUUUUCGGAUGGUAUAUCCAAAAGAAGUAUUAUGUCCACCUACACCAAAUUAUCCUCAUCCCACAAAUCAACCAACAACUCCAGAUUCAACAAUCGAACCCAAUUUUAUAGAUAUUCAAUCUUCUGAUGAAUUUGAUAAUACAGAUAACCCUUUCGACGACGACGAUGGUUGUUCUAGUAAUAUGGAUAGUAGGAUUGAAGGUCAAAGUUUUGAUGAAGAUAAUGGAAAUAAUGGUAGUGGUGGUGAUUACGUUACAACAUCUGGCGGUAAUAGUAGCAAUGGUUCUCGAUCAAUAAUUACAACGCCAUCGCCUCCGCCAAUAUGUGAAGAUUCAGAACAAUCUUCAGGGGUCAUCACACGUUAA